GGCUGCGGCGCCUCUCUGAGCCUGCCUCUGUCCUUCCCGCAGCUGCGGCCCCGGGGGCCAUGCGGAGGCCCGCGAGGAGGCCGGCGGCCGGGUGCGUCCUGUAGCGGCGGUGACCAAGGGGCGCCAUGGAGGCCCCGUAUUCGAUGACUGCGCACUACGACGAGUUCCAGGAAGUCAAGUACGUGAGCCGGUGCGGCGCUGGGGGCGCGCGCGGAACGUCGCUGCCUCCCGGCUUCCCGCUGAGCGCGGGGCGCAGCGCCUCCGGGGCCCGGGCCGGGCUGCCGCGCUGGAACCGGCGCGAAGUGUGCCUGCUGUCGGGGCUGGUGUUCGCCGCCGGCCUCUGCGCCAUCCUGGCGGCCAUGCUGGUGCUCAAGUACCUGGGCCCGGGCGCGGGGGGCGGCGGCGGCGCCUGUCCCGAGGGCUGCCCGGAGCGCAAGGCCUUCGCGCGCGCCGCGCGCUUCCUGUCCGCUAACCUGGACGCCAGCAUCGACCCGUGCCAGGACUUCUACUCGUUCGCGUGCGGCGGCUGGCUGCGGCGCCACGCCAUCCCCGACGACAAGCUCACCUAUGGCACCAUAGCGGCCAUCGGCGAGCAGAACGAGGAGCGGCUGCGGCGACUGUUGGCGCGGCCCGGGGGUGGCCCGGGCGGCUCGGCCCAGCGCAAGGUGCGCGCCUUCUUCCGCUCGUGCCUCGACAUGCGGGAGAUCGAGCGGCUCGGCCCGGGGCCCAUGCUGGAGGUCAUCGAGGACUGCGGGGGCUGGGACCUGGGCGGGGCGCCGGAGCACCCAGGGGCUGCAGCGCGCUGGGACCUCAACCGGCUGCUGUACAAGGCGCAGGGCGUGUACAGCGCGGCCGCUCUCUUCUCGCUCACGGUCAGCCUGGACGACAGGAACUCCUCGCGCUAUGUCAUCCGCAUCGACCAGGACGGGCUCACCCUGCCAGAGAGGACCUUGUACCUAGCUCAGGACGAGGAGAGUGAGAAGGUCCUGGCAGCAUACAGGGUGUUCAUGGAGCGUGUGCUCAGCCUCCUGGGUGCCGAUGCAGUGGAGCAGAAGGCCCAGGAGAUCCUGCAGCUGGAGCAGCGGCUGGCCAACAUCACUGUGUCGGAGUAUGAUGACCUCCGGCGAGACGUCAGCUCCAUGUACAACAAGGUGACAUUGGGGCAGCUGCAGAAGAUCACCCCCCAUCUGCGGUGGAAGUGGCUGUUGGACCAGAUCUUCCAGGAGGACUUCUCCGAGGACGAGGAGGUGGUGCUGUUGGCCACAGACUACAUGCAGCAGGUGUCCCAGCUCAUUCGCUCCACACCCCGCAGGAUCCUGCACAACUACCUGGUGUGGCGCGUGGUGGUGGUCCUGAGUGAGCACCUGUCACCACCAUUCCGUGAGGCACUGCACGAGCUGGCACGUGAGAUGGAGGGUAGCGACAAGCCACAGGAGCUGGCCCGGGUCUGCCUGGGCCAGGCCAACCGCCACUUUGGCAUGGCACUCGGUGCCCUCUUUGUACAUGAGCACUUCUCAGCUGCCAGCAAAGUCAAGGUGGAGCAGCUGGUGGAAGACAUCAAGUACAUCUUGGGCCAGCGCCUGGAGGAGCUGGACUGGAUGGACGCUGAGACCAAGGCGGCUGCUCGGGCCAAGCUCCAGUACAUGAUGGUGAUGGUCGGCUACCCGGACUUCCUGCUCAGACCCGAGGCCGUGGACAAGGAGUACGAGUUUGAGGUCCACGAGAAGACCUACUUCAAGAACAUCUUGAACAGUAUCCGCUUCAGCAUCCAGCUGUCAGUCAAGAAGAUCCGGCAGGAGGUGGACAAGUCCACGUGGCUGCUGCACCGACAGGCAGGUCAAGCAUACUAUUUACAACAAGAACAGAUGGGCCUGGGCCGCAGCGGGCAGUAUGACCGCACGGGGAACCUGCUGACACUGGUGGACCGAGGCCUCCUACAGCGCUUCCAUGCCUGUAAGGCGAGCUGCAUACGUCCACUCUACGACAACUUCACUGUUACAACAGCGGGGUGGCACAGCGCCCCACGCUGUCUGCGCCCCCAGGCCUACCAGAAGUGGGUGCGGGAGCACGGCCCAGAGCACCCGCUGCACCGGCUCAAGUACACGCACAACCAGCUCUUCUUCAUUGCCUUUGCCCAGAACUGGUGCAUCAAGCGGCGGUCGCAGUCCAUCUACCUGCAGGUGCUGACCGACAAGCACGCGCCUGAGCACUACAGGGUGCUGGGCAGCGUGUCCCAGUUCGAGGAGUUCGGCCGGGCCUUCCACUGUCCCAAGGACUCUCCCAUGAACCCUGUCCACAAGUGCUCCGUGUGGUGAGCCCGCCGCCGCCUGCCCACACGUCCCCGCCGCCCCGCACGCAUCGCCUCCUGCCGGCUGCCGGGGCAGGCAUGUACCCGGCGCCAGCCUCUCGCACCACCUGGCUCCCCAGCCCCUCCAGGACCUGACCCCCCGCUGGCCCUGGCUUCAUGAGGGGCCGGGAGCAGGGCUGGGGGUGGGCUCUGGGGAGAUGGGGGCCACACGCUGGGGUCACCAGCCUGGGCUCUAGGGGGCCAGACCCCCUGCCGGGCUGGACUGGCCAGGCCCCACCUUCGCUGUAUCCUUGCUGC